AUGGCCGAGCCAAUCGUCCGCCCUGCUAACAGCCAAAAGCGAUCGUCUUCACAGACCUCUACAUCGUCUCGGAGGAGCCAGAAAGCGAAAACUCUUCGGGGAAAACCACCGCAACGACUUUCGACAUGUUCCUCUACCCAGUCGACUGACCUUACCUCUUUCCCUUCCUUAUCUCCAGAUAGAUCACCGGCGGGUUUCUACGGCGAGCCUGCAAUAAAUCACGCCCUGAGCCAGGCAUUAUUGCUAGAGGAUGAUACACGGACCCAAGGAGCAGAGCGUGGACGCAAAGCUACCCUUGCUGGCCUCACAACGAGCCUGCCUCAGGUUGCCGGUCGGGCUGCCUUGUUCAGCGACUCUGUCCCGUUUCAAGACGUGCCGGGCUCGCUCCACCUUGCCGGUGACGACCAUAUUGAACGGCUCAUUGCUCGUACAGGUGCCAUAAAACUGGUGAGACAGUUUGCGAGGGAUCUCGCCCUGCGGGAUGCUGAAAUAUCGGCACUGCGGCUCCGCGCCGACGAAAGGGAGCGUGAACUGAAAAAGAUGCUUCGUGAAAUGGAAGUUUCGAAUCAAGAUAUUGAACGUCGCCUCUAUGUGCUUGAGAACCCGGCGGGCAAACAGGAAGCUGACCGUGGGUCUGAUCAAAAAGCCUCGUCGACUGAGCAGCGGAGUCAUACCGUCACUAUCGACCACAUGAUGAACCAAGCUAUGCUCGAUGAUGUUGGUGGCCUGAUUCUUGAUGCUACAGCAUAUGAUAAGGGAAAGGACGAUUUACAGGCGACUAUCCGUCCCAACCGCGUUGACGGCGAUACACGAUCUCGCAAUUCGAGCCUACGAUCUGUCAAGAAGCCAGUCGUUGCCACGCGUGGAUGGCAGGACUACAUUUGGGGAAGUAGGGCUCCUAGCCGCAAGACUAGUGGAGCAAGUAGCGUGAUCAGUGACACUGGGGAGAGAGACGAUGAACCGGCGAUUCGCGUGCCACAAUCCCGUGUGCCUAGCGGUCCGGGUCGUCGUAAGGCUUUGGAUUCGGAUUUGUUUCUACCGCCUGAGGCUGACUCCACGCCCACUAUACUUACGGAGCCAGAUAACUUGAAGCCGGGUGAUGGUGACGAUAGCAGCAUCCGUUCAAAGCGGUCAGCAAGGUCCGUAACUUCUUGGACUGUGAAGCUGUUCGCAGGAAACCACCAAGCGAGCAAAGAUGGCGGGACAGUUCGUAGUCGAGCAAGAUCUGAUACUCCAGACUCUUUGAACCGGAGCUCAUCACCCGCAAUGCCGCCAAAGGCAGCUGGUUCUGCUGUGGCGGCUUUAAAACGUAUAAACGGCGGUACCGGUGUCCAGUCACUGUCCGGAAGGUCCUCUGCGGCGUCCAGCAUUCGUGGCUCGAACAAAAGUGCUAUUAUUACUACUACUUCUUCAGCUUCACGACGAAAUACUGUUCAAACGGUCGCUCUAGAACAGAGAAGUGCGAAGGGCGAUUCGACACAUCUUGGCCCAGUUGAAAUGGACGCCAUCCUUCCGAUGGAGUCUCGCCCCCCAACACUCACUCAUAUCUACAACGAUUACAAUCCGGGGGAACUGCUCACCGAUCGUUUUGGGUUUAUCUAUGACCAACGAAGGAAUAGACGACAAAAGGAGGCUAGCAGCGAAUGUAUAAAGCAGGUUAAUAAUAAAGACGUCAGUGGCUCUCAAAAAGGGAACCAGAAAAGCUCGGAAGAUGCUGAAGGUGAGAGUACAGCUGCCAAUGAAUGGCAGGAUUAUCUCAAGGUUGCCACGAAACCAACUGAACUCCUCUCUCACACCCCCGCCGCUGGUCUGAUUAUUGUAGUAGAACCUACAAAACCUCGCUCUUCGUCAGUCACCAUUGGAAAAGAUGGAUCUCUCUCGGUGGUUCACUCAAGCCCUCAACUUUCUACCCUUACAUCAACGGUCGUAGAAACAUAUGGUGAAUUUGCAGGAACGCCCACUGAAUCUCAAGCUUUAGAACCAGCAACAUCAGAGCAAGAGCCGGUGAGACUGCUGCUCCAGCGUUUGACAGAUCUUCACGAUUCUUCUCAGCGAGAACGGACCGUCAAAUGGAAUGAGUUCAUGCGCAAAGUUCGUGCCGAGCGACGGAAAGAAGGUGAAGCUGCGGCUGCUUCGGCAGCCCAAGACCGCUCCAAUAUUUCUCUUGACAUGCCCGAAGUUGCCAUUGCGGAUGGAGAGGUAGUUGGCAUAUCAGGUUUGGGAAAUAAAGGCAAGGUCGGUCGCGCAAAGUGGCGGGAAUUCAGAACGCUUGUCCUUGGGGGUAUUCCAGUUGCAUAUCGUGCCAAAAUUUGGGCCGAAUGUAGUGGAGCCUCUGCAAUGCGAGUUCCUGGAUAUUACGAAGAUCUUGUCAAAGAAAGCUCAAACCACGAUGCAGACCCGAGCAUCAUUGCACAAAUUGACAUGGACAUCAAUCGGACCUUGACAGACAAUGUAUUUUUCCGAAAGGGCCCAGGUGUUGCGAAGUUGAAGGAGGUUCUCCUUGCGUACUCGCGACGCAAUCCGGAAGUGGGAUAUUGCCAGGGGAUGAACUUAAUUGCUGGCUCUUUGCUGUUGAUUAUGCCUACUGCGGAAGAUGCGUUUUGGGUUCUGACUUCUAUUAUUGAGAAGAUAUUCCCUCCCCAUUACUAUGACCACGGUUUGGUUGCCUCCCGCGCAGACCAGCAGGUGCUUCGACAAUAUGUGGCCGAAAUUCUACCUAAAUUAUCCUUGCACUUGGAUGACCUGGGCAUAGAACUUGAGGCUCUGACGUUUCAAUGGUUCCUUUCUGUUUUCACGGACUGCUUGUCUGCCGAAGCAUUGUAUCGUGUUUGGGACGUGGUGCUGUGCCUUAGUGCCCCAGCGAUGUAUAUCCCUCCCACUGCACCACAGCCUCAGAAACUCUCUACCGCGGAUUCCAGCAACGGCAAUGCCUUAUCCGCGCCCGGUACACUUACCAAUCCGACACCCACCUCAACGGCACCGUCUGUCUCCGAAAACGAAGUGUCCAACAACACCGGUGGUGGUAGCACAUUCUUAUUUCAAGUCGCAUUGGCUCUUCUCAAGCUCAAUGAGCAGCAGUUACUGAGUACCUGUUCCACUCCCGCUGCAAUCUAUACGUACAUCAAUCACCAGAUGACAAAUCACGCGAUUAGCAUCGACGGCCUUAUUGAGGCCAGCGAUGCUCUACGGAAUGUCGUCAGGAGGGAAGACGUACUUGCACGACGAGCUGCUGCCAUGAAAGCCAUGAUUGCAGCCAAGCCAUCGCCAGGGUCAAAUAGUCAACGCUCCGUUGACGGCGAUGACUCGACAAAGGUAUCAGACUGUGGAAAUGUUUAG